CCGUGCUCCCCCCACGUGUCCGCUGGAGUUUCUCCGCUGGCAACAUGGCCGCUGCCUGAGCAGAGAACCGGGCCGCCGCCGCCUCUGCAGCCCGCGGGGACCUGGGCCGUUGCCGCCGCCCGCCCGCGGCCGCCGCGGAGAGAUCGAGUCUGAGGACCUGGUGGCUGGCUCCCCUAGUAUGGCCAAUGAAGAGGAUGACCCAGUCGUACAGGAGAUCGAUGUGUACUUGGCCAAAAGUCUGGCGGAGAAGCUCUACCUGUUCCAGUACCCUGUGCGUCCAGCCUCGAUGACCUACGAAGACAUUCCGCACCUCGCAGCCAGGAUCAAGCCCAAGCAGCAGAAGGUAGAGCUUGAAAUGGCCAUUGACACCCUGAACCCCAACUACUGCCGCAGCAAAGGGGAGCAGAUCGCGCUGAAUGUGGAUGGCGCCUGUGCAGACGAGACCAGCACGUACUCCACGAAGCUGAUGGACAAGCAGACGUUCUCCUCCUCCCAGACCACCAGCAACACGUCCCGUUACGCCGCGGCGCUCUACAGGCAAGGUGAGCUCCACCUGACGCCUUUACACGGCAUCCUGCAGCUGCGGCCCAGCUUCUGCUACCUGGAUAAAGCAGACGCCAAGCACCGGGAGAGGGAGGCCGCCAAUGAGGCAGGAGACUCUUCGCAGGAUGAGGCGGAAGAGGACGUGAAGCAGGUCACGGUACGCUUCUCCCGGCCCGAGUCGGAGCAGGCCCGCCAGCGCCGCGUGCAGUCCUACGAGUUCCUGCAGAAGAAGCAGGCGGAGGAGCCCUGGGUGCAUCUGCACUACUGCGGCCUGCGGGACAGCCGCUCUGAGCAUGAGCGCCAGUACCUGCUGUGCCAGCCCAGUGGGGCGGAGAACACGGAGCUCGUCAAGUCACCCAGUGAGUACCUCGCGAUGCUGAUGCCCCCCAGCCCAGAGGAGGAGAAGGACAAGCCCGUGGCCCCCAGCAACGUUCUAUCCAUGGCCCAGCUGCGCACCCUGCCCCUGGCAGACCAGAUCCGGAUCCUGAUGAAGAAUGUGAAGGUCAUGCCUUUUGCCAACUUGAUGAGCCUCCUCGGCCCCUCUAUCGACUCUGUGGCUGUUCUGCGUGGCGUCCAGAAGGUGGCGAUGUUAGUCCAAGGGAACUGGGUGGUGAAGAGUGACAUCCUGUACCCCAAGGACUCCUCCAGCCCUCACAGCGGUGUGCCCGCCGAGGUGCUCUGCAGGGGCCGAGACUUUGUUGUAAGUGCCCAGGCCUCCUGGCCUCCUGGGUGGGGGAAGAUCAACAAGGGCUGGGAGUUCCUGAUGCCCUGCGACGGCGAGUUCAUCAGGAAGCACCCGGACGUGGUCCAGCGGCAGCACAUGCUGUGGACAGGCAUCCAGGCCAAAUUAGAGAAAGUCUAUAACCUUGUGAAGGAAACCUUGCCAAAGAAGCCGGAGGGACAGUCAGGGCCUGCCGGGCUGGUGUCUGGGGACCAGCGGGUCCAAGUGGCCAAGAGCAGAGCCCAGCAGAACCACACGCUGCUGGAACGGGAGCUGCAGCGGAGGAAGGAGCAGGUCCGGGCGUCCGCGGUCCUGCCCAGCGUCCGGGUCAAGGAGGAGCCCCUGAGUGAGGAGGGAGAGGAGGACGAGGCCAUGGACACCUCGCCCAGCGGGGGCCUCCACAGCAGGCUGGCCAAUGGGCUGCCCGCCGGGCGGCCCGCAGGCGGGGACAGCUUCAACGGGCACCCGCCCCCCGGCUGCGCCAGCACCCCGGUGGCCCGGGAGCUGAGGGCCUUCGUGGAGGCCACCUUCCAGAGACAGUUUGUGCUCACGCUGAGCGAGCUGAAGCGCCUCUUCAACCUGCACCUGGCCAGCCUGCCCCCCGGCCACACGCUCUUCAGCGGCAUCUCGGACCGCAUGCUGCAGGACACCGUGCUGGCUGCCGGCUGCAAGCAGAUCCUCGUGCCUUUUCCCCCACAGACGGCGGCUUGCCCGGAGGAGCAGAAGGUGUUCGCCCUCUGGGAGUCUGGGGACACGAGUGAUCAGCACCGACAGGUUUUGCUCGAAAUUUUCUCCAAAAAUUACCGUGUUCGCCGGAACAUGAUCCAGUCUCGCUUGACUCAAGAGUGUGGAGAAGAUCUGAGUAAACAGGAGGUGGAUAAAGUGCUAAAGGACUGCUGUGUAAGCUAUGGUGGCAUGUGGUACCUUAAAGGGACAGUACAGUCUUGACAAUAGUCCAAACCUGUAACCCAACGACUCUAAGCCCAAGGAAGGCCAGUGGAGGCGGAAGGAGCGUCUCAGCUGCCUCAAAAGACACGGAGCAAGAGCGACUGCCCACCUCGUGGCCUGUGGCGUCACUAUCCCGGGGACAGGGGACCACAGCCAGCCAGCCCGUGCAGGCGCCGCUUAAGUCGCAUCGCUCCCUGAAGAGACCAGCGGGGCCUCUGCAGUCCAGUUUGAGAUUCCUGAUGUAUUUUGCUUAUUACCUGGUUUCAUUCUCAUAAUAGAGUGUAUAUUGACAUGGGCAGGAUGAUGAAAAUCACGGUUUAAUAGUUCACUUUUCAAACUUAAUGCCAACAAGGUCUAAGUUGUGUUUACAAGAUGAAGAAAACCUCAAGGUUUUUAAUAUUUAAAAUGCCUAGAAGCCAAUAUUUAGUCUUUGAUCAUCUAGCUGCUAAGACUUCUGCCAACUUCAUUAAACAAACCAAAUUGAAUUGUUUUACUGUCGGGUUUCUGUGGCCACUUUACUUUUUAGAACAACCUACUUUAUGUAGCAGUCUCAACUGUUUACAUGAACCAUAGCAAAAAAAUCAGUCAAAUCCAUCUAUUCUUAAUGUUUGCAUAAGGAUGCAAACAGAACCAGGUAAGUAUGGAACAAUGUAUAAGUGAGGUUAUCACACUUUGAUGUAAAGAAUUUCUAUUUUGUGUAUUUUUAAAAUAAAUGCGAACACUAACCUGC